GCAUGAGAAAAAACAGGAUAGCCUUGCACUUGCACACCUGCAUUAUUUGCCUCCAUUCUCGAAGAUCAACCAAUGACGAUCCAAGCCAUUAAACCAAUUAAAACAACAAAAAAUGUUGACAAUACUUCGAGCAGUGCAGAAGAAGAGCAACCUCUGAGUCCAGUGGCUCGAAUGUUUCAUGAAUCCGACUCCACCGUGUACAUCAUUGUCAUCAUCGGCUUCGAGACCCAACUCAAUCCGGAAGUUAUUAAAGCAAACUUGGGGCACACUUUGCUCUCGCAACCUCGUUUCUGUAGUUUACAGCUUCCAGAUGAGAAACGUGGUGGCGAGCUCAAAUGGGUUAGAACAGUGGUCGACUUGGACAACCAUGUCAAAGUCCCUACACUUGACCCAAACAUGGACUCUCCUGAUAUGUUCGUGGAGGAUUACGUCUCUAAUUUGAGCAAAACAGGGAUUAGCAUGUCAAUACCUAUGUGGGAUCUCCAUCUCCUCAAUAUCAAAACUUCUGAUGCUGAAUCCGUAGGCGUUCUCCGAGUCCACCACUCUCUUGGUGAUGGCACGUCUCUCAUGACACUUUUCAUGUCUUGUACCCGCAAACUAUCUGAUCCUGAGGCACUUCCGUCCCUUCCAAUGAACAUGAAAAAGAAACAUGGCAGUUCUAGUGGAGGGUUUCUCCAAUAUUUCAUCAAGCUUUUUUCUGUGUUGUUGUUAUAUUGGAAUACUUUUGUUGAUGUUGUAAUGUUUUUUAUCACAACUUUCUACUUGGAUGAUACGAAAACGCCCCUCAAAGGUCCAUUAGGCGUUGCAUCUACUCCACGGCGGAUUGUUCAUCGAACUGUGAGUUUGGAGGAUGUUAAGCUGGUCAAGAAUGCCAUGAAUGUUACAGUCAAUGAUGUGAUGGUGGGAGUCACAGAAGCAGCUCUAACUCGAAAUCUCAAUAGAAAAUAUGGUAAAAUUAAGGAGGAGGCAGGAGGGGCAGAAGGGCACAACAAUCUUCCUAAGAACAUUCGUCUAAGAGCAACUCAUUUCGUGAAUUUAAGGCCAUAUCUAGUAAAUGAAGAUGUUUCUGAAAUGAUAAAAAGUAGCAGCAAAGUGAAGCUGGGCAACCUGAUCGGCUACGUUAUCUUCCCCUUCACCAUUGGAUUGCGAGAGGAUGUAUUAGAUCAUGUUCGAAGUGCCAAGGCAACAGGAAAGAGGAAGAAAGCUUCUCUUGAAGCAUUAUACACAUAUUUAAUGGCAAAAUUCUUUAUCAAAUUCUUCAGUGCUAAGUGGGCAAGCUUUCCAACUCAAACUACAUUGUGGUACUCAAACGUGCCUGGUCCUCAAGAAGAAGUCACUUGUUUCGGCCAUCAAGUGGCAUACGUAGCUCCUACAUGCUAUGGGCAACCUAAUGCAUUAAUGAUUCAUGUUGUGAGUUAUGUCAACAAAAUGAAAAUCAUCGUAUCAGUUGACGAAGGGGUAGUUCCUGAUCCUCAUCAAAUCUGCGAUGAUAUCGAAGAAUCUCUUAAGCUGAUGAAAAAUGCUGUCAUAGAGAAAGGGCUGGUUGAUUGUUAUGAUUACUAAAUGUUGCUAUGAUUAAUGACAAUAAAUUAGUGAAUGCACCCAUUGUACUAUUCACUCGUGGUAACCCGAGUGUGAAGGAAUAUUAUAACACAAGUAUUUUAGAUAA